AUGAGCCGCGCCAGGGCCGAGUUCUCGAGCACGGUGGCGUUGGCGCACGAGCCGGGGAAUUUGGCCACCACGUUGGUGAUGUGCCCGCGGCCGUCGCACACCACCUGCGCGUUGAUGGAGUGGAAGUCGGCGGCGUUGCGGAACAGCGGCUCCUCGCCGGCCGGGGCCCGCAGCGCCACGUGCAUGGCGCCCACCAGCCCCAGCACGCCGGGCAGCGCCGCGGGGUCCCCGGGGGGCGCGGGCACCGCCGGGAAGGCGAUGUAACGGGCGGCUCGGCGCUGCAGCGCGGCCAGGAACUGCGCCAGGCACUUGGACAUGGCCGACUGGCUGAUGCCCGUGCUGAGGCGCGACGCCGUCUGGAAGGAGCCCGAGGCCAGGAAGGCCAAGGCCGCGGUGACCUUGACGGCCACGGGCAGCGCGUGGCUGCGGCCCGUGAGGCUCUGCAGGUCGGCACCGAGCUCCCGGCACAGCGCCGCGAUCGCCGCCCGGUCCAGGCGGCAGCGCCGCAGCGCCUGCUCGUCGCUCAGCUCCAGGAAGGAGCAGCGCACCCGGCGGGUCGCGAUGGUGAAGCUGUUCAUCGGGAACCUGCCGCGGGAGGCGACGGAGCAGGAGAUCCGCUCCCUGUUCGAGCAGUACGGGAAGGUGCUGGAGUGCGACAUCAUCAAGAACUACGGCUUCGUGCACAUCGAGGACAAGACGGCGGCCGAGGACGCCAUCCGCAACCUGCACCACCACAAGCUGCACGGCGUCUGCAUCAACGUGGAGGCCAGCAAGAACAAGAGCAAGGCCUCCACCAAGCUGCACGUGGGCAACAUCAGCCCCGCGUGCACCAACCUGGAGCUGCGCGCCAAGUUCGAGGAGUAUGGCCCCGUCAUCGAGUGCGACAUCGUCAAGGACUACGCCUUCGUGCACAUGGAGCGGGCCGAGGACGCCGUAGAGGCCAUCCGGGGGCUGGACAACACCGAGUUCCAAGGUGAGGCGCAGAUUUGGGGAGAACCAGGCUGGGAGGGGGCAUGGGGAGGUUCUGAUCUGGGGAGGAUUUUGGCUCGUUUUGGUGUUACCAGCCCCACUCUGUGGUUGGUGCUGUGUUCGGGGCCUCUUCUUGUCCCGGAGCGCUGGAAUUUGGCUCUGGGGAUGGUGGCAGGGGCUGUCCCCGUGCCCUCGUCCGGUGUCAGGGCUGGGGGCACCGUGGUGGCUCUGUGUGGGGGCAGAGUGGCUCCACAGCGCUGGAGUUUGUAGGAAUUCUGGGGGAUUUACCUCAAACUCGUUGCUCAGGUGUGAGUUCUGCCUCUGGGGCCUCCUCACGGGACCGGUGGGGUCCCUGUGCUGCUGGAAUUUGGGGGAGAACGGGGCUGGGAGCCAGCGCCGUGUCCCAUUGGCUCCUGUUGUCCCCAAGUCCUGCCUGGAACCGCAGGGACCCCCCCUUGUCUGCGGGGCCUGGUGCCCACUCCUGGUGGCUCCUGUCACCCCCCCACCCUCAGCGGUGCCAGGGGUGGCUCUUGGGGGGUCCCCAUGGCUGCUGCCACCUCUUGGGGGUCCCAUGGUGCUGGUGCCAUUUCUGGGGGUCCCAUGGACCACCAGCCCCAGCCCAGCUUUGCCACCACGGUCUCAGAUGUUCUGAUCUUUGACAUAAUUUAGUCCUUGGUGCAGUAAUUAAAUAACUAAAACACAAAACAACGGCUGGAGUUUGUGCCUCUGACAGGGGACCCCAAACAAAGCAGCCCCUGGGCUUUCAUCCCCUCGGUGUGUGCGCAGGAAGGUCUGGGGGUUGUCACCUCCUGCCGUGUCCCCAAA